AUGGCGGCCUUCGGGCAGCAGAAGGCGCGGCGCCUGGCACGGGUAGAUGCCAGCAGGAAGGGCGGCCUGGACGAGCGGGCUGCCCCUGUCGUGCAGCUCCUCAAUGGGCGAGCGCGGUUCUGCACCACCAGCUCCUGCUCGGGCCGCCUGGUGCUGGCGCAGGGCAGCGCGGCGGGCCCAGGCGGCUGCGGGAUCCAGAAGAAACACUGCGGAUGGCUCAUGGUCGCGCACGACGCCUGCGGCAAAGCCGAUGUGAUGAAAGCACUAGAGAAAGCCACUGGCGACAUUGUGCUGAAGUUUGAACCAUUUGUUCUUCAUGUGCUAUGUCAAGAGCUGCAAGAUGCACAGCUUCUGCAUUCAGUGGCUAUUGAAUCUGGGUUCAGGAACUCUGGUAUUACAGUUGGCAGAGGAGGAAAAAUUACAAUGGCUGUCCGGAGCACUCAUUGCUUAGAAGUUCCAUUGAGCCACAAGGGGAAAUUGAUGGUCUCUGAAGAAUAUAUUGAAUUUCUGAUACACGUAGCUAAUCAGAAAAUGGAAGAAAACAUAAGAAGGAUUGACAGAUUCUACAAACGCUUAGAGUUAGCUUUGAAAACUGCCAUCAGUGCUAACAACUCACCGUCUGAGGAGACAGCGAAAAGUCGUGCUGUGUACGUUCGCAGAAGAAAGAGAAAGACCAUUCAAGAACAAGACGUACGUACCUCUCCAAAGGAUCACAAUGAAGCAUUGGAGCCCGAGGAUGAUACAGAAAGCAGUCUUGGUAUUUUUGCUGAAAUCCUGAUAUAGACUAAGGCAUUUGAAAGCAAAUGGCAAACUGAAUAAUAAUUGUAAUGCUCUUUGUAAGAGAUAUAAAUACUACUCUUUUCUAGGUAGCAACACUCUCAUGGACAUUUAGCAGAAAAAAAGGUAAUUAAACAGAAUUGCAAACAGGUUUAGUGCCACAGAAGCAGAGAGAACAAACCCUUAGAAUAUUGUGGGUUGUCAGUUUUUUUUAACAGCACUGUUGAUUUAACAAUCUUUUACUCUGUCCAUCAGUUAUCACAAAAAUAACUGCUACAGCCUUCAGCCAUGUUCUCCAUGGAAGCAUUUCAGUUCCCAGUGCUGGGUUUUGGCCUUCUGAUUUUUGCAGAGCAGAGAAACUCUUAAAAACCGAGUUAUUAUCCAUGAAGGUUUUUAAUGCCUCUACAACCUCUGCACAACAGUGUGCACCAACACAGAUGGCCCUUUCAGAACCACAUACUGGUCAGCUGAAGAGCAGUGCCUGAUGCGGGGUUAGAAUAGGAAAGCAGAAGCUACAUGCUGCUCUGUGCCAGCUUCAGGGUCCAUCCCGAGCGUUGCUCUGGGCAGCAGGGUUGAUGCUGUUUUCCUGCACUUCGCUGUGUUGCAGGCUCCAGCCCCAUGGUGUUCGUGUGUUCUGCUUCCCUCGGCCAGUGGCCAUUAAGCGUUAUUUUUCUUUGUAUCUUUUAGCCAGCUCUGUACACCGACAGUUGGUUAGCUCACUCGCGUAUUGUUCUGUGCGGCCAGCACCCAGCCUCAGGUCCGGCUGUUGGGCAGAAAGUCAACCGAAGCACACAGUAACAGGCUCUCUUACCAGGCUGUGACCACUGACGUGCCAUCAGUGUUAAAUAUAAACCAGUGCAGUAAUUUAUGCAUUCUUGUAUUGUACCACUGGAGUAGUCACUCCAUACUGUAUUUUUCAGAAAAAUGGUUAAUUUGCAAACCUUAGCAACAGUGAAUUGUGAGCCCUUCCCUCUAUGACGGGGUGAUCGCUAUCACUGCAAAGCAAGACCGUGACUAAAGGACACGGUUUAUUUGAAACUCUGAAACUCCCAUUUCAUACAGGUAGGGAGUUGUCAUUGUUUCCAUUACAUAAGCCUGCGUCUUGGGGUCAUUUUAAUUCCCCUGUAAAAAUUUGAUAUACUAGAUGGCAGCCAACAGGAAAAGUAAUUGGUGGCUUUAAAUAGAUUCUGAAAUAUCUGUUAGGCUAUGUUUCCAGUAGCAGGCAUUCAAAAAAAAAAAACCUUGCACCUUUUGA